AAAAAAAAAAAAAAAAAAGCACCGGAAAAGUAGUAGCAGCAAGAGUUGUAUAGGGCUGAGGCGCUUUGUUUCAAUUUAGGGUCGGUUAUACUCUGCCAACUGCCAAGUGUGCCAAGAAUCAAGAAUCAAGAAUCAAGAUAUGUUGGUUGUCCACCCUGUCCCUGUAAUAGGAAUAGGAAUUCCUUGAUUUCUCCACGCGAGUGCUGGGUUCUUUUUUGUUGAUUUCACAUCAAUAAUCAAUUUUAAUCUCCAAAAUCCGAAUCAUUGUAAAUUGUAAUUGGUGCAAUUAGGGAUAAAUUUAAAUUUUGAGUGAAUAGGAGAAUUGGUGUUGGGUUUGGUGAAAAGAAGAAUUGCAGAAAUGGCGUAUAGGAGGAAAUUAGGGAUAACGAAGGCAGCGACGUUCAAAGAGGAUAUAUAUACAUCUGUUGCAUCUCCUUCCGAGGAAGAUGAUGAUAACAACCACAAAGAGCAACAAGGCAAGAAGAGACUUAGUUAUUGUUAUUCAAAUCCAAAUCAAAAUCAAAAAGCAAGCGCUGGAAAUGACAAUGGAUCUUUGGCUGCUCGAGCCACCAGAGCUUCGGCCGCUCAUCGAGAUUCUUCUGGAUAUGGUUCCGCCUAUGCAUCCCCCACCGCCAACGCUGCUGCUGAUUCUCCUUCUUCUUCUUCUUCUUCUUCAUCUUCUCUCUCUCAUCAUCGUCAUUCUGAUCAUUUUCGAUCCCUCACCUUUCCAAAGGGAUCAAUGCAUUGUGAAACUACGUCCGACGACCCUAAAUAUGGUUUUUGGGGUAUCCUUGCUAGGAAGGCCAAGUCCAUUCUUGAUGAGGAUAACCAAUUUGACUCUUCUUCUAAGAUGAACGAUACAACUACAACCAUUAAUCCUCAGUUGUACCAAUCCCCUCAAUCUUCACAAGGUGAUGCAAGGAUUGAUAAUGCUAGAUUGCGGAAGCGCCUUGAUGCUAUAACUUCUUCCCUUAAUAAUUUUGGUGAUACGCUUGGCAAUGCUUUUGAGGAAGGUCGUACAAUCAUGGAGCACAAGACUGCUGAUAUUAUCCAAGAAACUCGCAAUAGAACAGCAGACUUCAUCCAAGAGACGCGCAAAAUCCAACUUCGUAGAAGAGGUGGCAGUUCAGAUACCGUUGAUCAGCCAACUGUUUUACAGAACACUUCAUGGCAGCGACCUGUGCCUCAGCCUGUGGAGACUAAUGCACUAGCCAAGCAAGAGAUACAACUCAAGGCUUCUCGCGACGUGGCAAUGGCAACUGCCGCCAAAGCAAAAGUUCUUCAACGGGAGCUAAAAACUGUGAAAGCUGAUUUAGCCUUCGCGAAAGAACGUUGCGCACAGUUAGAAGUAGAAAAUAAGCGACUUCGAGAGAGUCGAGAGAAAGGGGACAACCCUGCUGAUGAUGAUCUGAUACGACUACAGCUGGAAACUCUUUUGGCUGAAAAGGCUCGUUUGGCUCAUGAAAACUCCAUAUAUGCACGUGAAAAUCGGUUUCUCAAAGAAAUUGUUGAAUAUCACCAACUGACGAUGCAGGAUGUUGUCUAUUUGGAUGAGGGUACUGAAGAAUUUACAGAAGUUUACCCCUUUUCCAAUGAUGAUGCUAAGGUGCUGUGUAGUAUCCCAACAUCACCAAUGUCCCCAAAUUUUCUUCCAGAAGUUUCCUCCCUCAGCUUUCCAGAGAUGAAGGAACAUACAAGGGAAAUCACAAAAGAGGUAUUGGACAUUACAUCAUCAUUUUCAUCCCCAUCCUCAUAUCUUGUGGAUUUCCCUGCCGGUUGUCCAGAAGGAAGGACAGAUUCCUCAGAAGUACCAACUUCAUCACAUAUAGUAGCUGAUGGAGAGACAGAAGCAUCUUGAUAUAGCGAACCACUAUCACCUCAGUCCUCAGGUGAAGUUCCAAAUUGAUCCUAAUUGAAAAUGACCCUUUCUAGCCUUGUGGAUGCCUUCGUGUGGCCAUAGAUACUCCAGUUCCUUUUUUUUUUUUUUAUCUCCAUUUCUUUUUUUUCUCAAUUUCUUUCAAUUUUUUUUCUUGAUCGAUUCUUUUGGGAGGGAUUGCAAGGGUUAACAAAUUCCUACCUUUAUUCAAUAAUGUAUUUAAUAUUAUGUUUUGGCGUAUUUAUGAGCUCUCCAACAUAGCUAGAACUCUUCAAUUUUUGUAUGGGAGAGCUUGAAUUCUUAUCGUCUUGUGUGGCAUGUUUUCUCUAGUUAUGGACUCAUGGGAUUGUCCUUGGAAGUU